UUCAGAGUGAAAUAUUCUGAAAUACCCUUAAACUCCUUAUUUGAAAUGUGUAGAGUAUUGGAAUAUCUGUUUUUAAAAAGUGUGGGUUUUUUGUCAUUCCAAAAAAUGGAUUUAGGAAAAUAAAUUUUGCGAAAAUAAAAUUUUCAAAUUGGCUGAAAGUUGUGAUUGAUUUUAGGACUUGUGGAAAAGUGAAAGUUGCAUGACAUGUUUUCAUGCAGUUGUAUUUUGAUAUGGUGUGUGAUUAAUUAUGCAGUGAUCAUAUGAUUCUUUUCAUAUUAAAUCAACUUUUCUUCAAUACUAAACAAUAGUGAGCUAAUGGUUUCGAUUCAAUGGCGUUUGAUUGGAUGCAGCAGAUAUAUUGUUUAAAUGGAACAGACUAGACGCUUCGGGUAUUUGACAACAAUUUCUUUCUUGAUUGCAACUUGGAUCAGUGUGUGACAAGACUGGAAAGAAUAUGGCAGCAUUAUAGACAUGCUAUACCGAUGGACUAAUAAUUUUUUUUUUAAAGACAGUAUUACAAAUUUCAACGAACUAUAUUAUCUAAUAUGUCCUAUAUUUGGUUUUAUCAUCAUGGCGGACAUGAUAAUGGUGCUGGUAGACAUGUAAAUAGUGGUAACCGUGGCAAUCAUUCACGUCGUUAUCCGAGACCGAUGAGGGAGAGAUCGUAUCGUCAAUUCCCUCAUCACAGGAAUAGUGGUGUGCUAGGGCUCAGUAAGAGCAUUGAUACACUUCCACCACCUCCACAAGUACGUGUUGAGUUUUUUACCAAUGAGAAAUCGUUCAAGGAGAGGCUACAGUUAUAUUUCAUCAAAAAUCAAAGAUCAAGUUUGCGUAUUCGUAUAUUCAAUCUUGUGAUCAAGCUAUUAACAUGUGUCUUGUAUACAGUGCGAGUACUUACAGAAAACAUACCGCCAGACUGUGAUAGUUUACCAGACACAGUAUCAACAAACAAUGGCAGUGACGUUGUGGAGGAGGUUAAUUGUUGGAAGAGUAUUGACAAGGAGAUGUUUCAGGAACACCCUACAAUUCAUUGGGAUCACAUUAUCUGGGUGGACAGACACAAUGUUUUGCUGUUUGUACAGGUCACAGUGGCUGUUAUCAGUCUUUCAGAGACUAUUCUUGUACAGUAUCUUAGCUACAAGUAUUUUAGCAGCAAGGGUAACAUCUUGCAGCAGAUACUGUCCGUUGAGUUCAUUCUGGAAUUAUUUCUCACCGUACCAUUCAUCAUUACAAUUUUUUGGGCGCCAUUACGUCGGCUCUUCAUCCCAGUGUUUCUCAACUGCUGGUUGGCGAAACAGUCCAUGCAAAACAUGUUUAAUGAUUUACAUCGUGUCAUGCAGAAAUCUCAGUCAGCCCUUGCUCAACAACUCAUGAUUUUAUGUGCUACUCUUAUUUGCCUUGUUUUUAUUAGUGCCUGUGGUAUCCAACACCUCCAGCGAGGAGGUAACAGACAGCUGGAUCUGUUUGAGGCCAUGUAUUUCACCAUCGUAACAUUGUCUACCGUAGGUUACGGAGAUAUACAUCCUGAUAUAUGGCCUAGUCGACUCUGGAUGCUAUGCAUGAUUGUAGCUGCCUUGCUUGUCUUGCCCACACAGCUUGAACAGCUGGCUUACACCUGGAUGGAGAGACAGAAGCAGGGUGGGACGUACAGUAGUCAUAGAGCCCAGACAGAAAAACAUGUGGUAGUGUGUACAACUACCUUACAAGCUGAUACUAUCAUGGACUUCCUUAAUGAGUUCUACUCACAUCCCAAAUUACAGGAUUAUUUCGUGGUGUUGCUGUCACCCUGUGAGCUUGACCCAACAAUGAAAGUAUUGCUUCAAGUCCCAAUGUGGGCCCAGAGAGUGAUUUUCAUUCAGGGGUCAGCCCUUAAAGACACUGAUCUUGCCAGGUGCAGGGUUCAAGAUGCUGAAGCCUGCUUUAUUCUCUCAACACAAAAUGUGGAAAACAAGGAAGCUGCUGACCAACAUACCAUAAUGAGAUCAUGGGCAAUCAAAGAUUUUGCUCCAGAAUGUCCACAGUAUGUCCAGAUAUUCAGACCUGAAAAUAAGUUCCACGUCAAAUUUGCAGAGCAUGUGGUUUGUGUAGAUGAGUUUAAAUAUGCCCUUCUUGCCAACAACUGUUUAUGUCCAGCCACGUCUACAUUAGUUACUUUAUUGUUGCAUACAUCUCGAGGACAGGAAGGGCAGUCAUCUUCGGAAGAAUGGCAGCGUUUAUACGGCAAGUGCUCCGGAAACGAGAUAUACCAUAUUAGACUCGGAGAAAGUAAAUUCUUUGGAGAAUACAAAGGAAAGAGCUUCACAUACGCUUCUUUUCAUGCUCAUAGAAAGUAUGGUGUAAGCCUAGUUGGUGUUCAACAGAACAGUGGUGUUUCUACUAUACAGCUCAACCCAGGACCACGACACAUUAUGAAGGAGUCAGAUAUUUGUUUCUAUAUGAAUAUAUCAAAGGAAGAGAACUCUGCUUUCAUUUUAGCUCAUCCGAACCAAGAGGAAUCUAAGCUGGACAGAAAGCUGAUGCAAGGAGGAGAACAUACGUCGAAAGUUGCGAGUGUUAUCGCUAGUGUUGGGACAAUGGCUUUAGAGUUGCAGCACACACGUCUAAUCAAUGCCCCUCCUGAGAUAAAAAGAACGGGCAGUCGGCGCACCAAGCUGGAGUUACCUGCGGGUUUGACAGCAGCUAAUCUACAGAAAAGACCAAGUAUUGCACCUGUGCCUGCCUUUGUAGAGGCUUCAGAUAUUACUAUACAGAUAGAGGAAGAGACGAUGUCCGAGGACAGCUUGCCAUAUGUUGAUGAAGAGGAUAAUCCAGAAUAUGUACGAGGAUUUCCGCCAGUGACACCUUACAUAGGAACAAGUCCAACUUUAUGUCAUCUUAUGAGAGAAAAACGUCCACUUUGUUGUCUUCAACUUGUACAGCUGUGUGAACACUGCAGCUUCAACAACGCUAAAGAGUAUCAUUGGCCAAACCCGACCAUUAUUGUUGCAGCAGACUAUGCCAGUAAUGGUCUAUACAACUUCAUUGUACCUUUGCGCUCCCAUGCAAGGCCAAGCAAUACAUUAAAUCCCAUUGUUUUAGUACUAGAAAAGAGACCAGACACAACAUUCCUUGAGACAAUAUGUCAUUUUCCAAUGGUUUACUGGAUGCUUGGGUCAAUAGAUGCAAUAGAUGAUUUACUGCGAGCAGGUAUAAACCUUGCUGAUAAUGUUGUGAUAGUGAACAAGGAGAGUUCCAACUCCCAGGAGGAGGAGACCCUAGCUGAUUGUAAUACCAUCGUAGCUGUACAAAGUAUAUUUAGAUUAUUUCCAAGUGCCAACAUUAUAACAGAGUUAACUCAAUCAUCAAACAUGAGGUUUAUGCAGUUCCAAGCUAAUGAUUCAUACUCUUAUGAAUUGUCAAAACAAGAAAAGAAAGAGAAAGAGCGAGGGUCUCACAUAUCGUAUAUGUUCCGUCUGCCAUUUGCUGCGGGGAAUGUUUUCAGUGCCAGUAUGUUAGACACGCUGUUAUACCAAGCUUUUGUGAAGGAUUAUCUCAUCACAUUUGUAAGACUUUUACUCGGCAUUGACCAGGCUGUCGGCUCCGGACAUUUGUCAUGUAUGAAGAUAACUAAAGAUGAUCUGUGGAUAAGAACCUAUGGUAGAUUGUACCAAAAACUUUGUUCCACAACGUGUGAAAUUCCAAUAGGAAUUUACAGAACUCAGACCAAGUCAUGUCGCUCACCUCCUGUCAAUACUUCCAAUGCCUCAUUCAUGUCCAGAGACCAGUCAGCAUUAAAUUUAGCAUUUAGAAAUUCUGUAAGAGGGCGCACUUAUAGAAACCAGAACGGGGUAUCACUGAACAUGAUGACUGGUGGAGACAGGCAUGAUGAUCACUCCGGUCAAGUCAACCCAGAACUUCAUGAGAUCAGUCAAAUGGUCAAAUGUAGAAUGCAAAGUAUUGGCCAGCCACUAGAUGACUAUGAUGAAAAGAAUGAAAAGAAAGAUACUAUAUCUUAUGUUGUCAUCAACCCAGGAUACGACUUGCAACUCAAACUGGGAGAUGUUGUUUACUUAAUUAGACCGAGUUCUUUGUCACCCAAACCUUCUCCUUUGAUUGAUGAAAGGAAACAGAUGCAGCAUCAUAUGAAUGGGAAGAGGGAGGAGCCAACAGGGGCAGACAAUGCUGAGAUUCAGGCAGCUGAUACUGUUGUUAAAACUAAAGGGAGAAUUGUCAAAGAUGGCAAUAACAGGAUUCCAAUAAUAUAUAUGGAUGAUAGUGAGACUGAAGAUGAAAUGACAGAAAAUGAUAAAACAACCAGCGAAAACACAGAAAGAAACAAAAAUAUUCCGACCUUUGACCUCAUGACUGAUGAUGAUGAGCAGGAAGAUGUGAGUAAACAUAUUAGCAGAUCUGACAGCCUCGAACCCCCAGUUAUAGCUGUUAAAGGGACAGUGGUAUGAAACUUUGUUGACCAUUUAUGAUGAACAGUUAAAGGUGAAAUAGAAAUGUUGGUGCGAAGCACUAUGAAAUGCUCAUGAAACAGUUGAAGCUUUGAGAGGGAGAGUUUUUGUUGAGGGAGGAUAACCACUGAUGAGAUCAGUCACUACUGUUUGUUUAAUGGUACCGGUAGCUUGAAGCAUUAAUUAUAGGCUUUAAAUCUUCAAGAAGGGCCUCCAGAGCUCAGUGGUGAAAUAAAUAAACAAAUAAAUGUGUAAAUUAUUGUGUUACUUCCAGGAUAGUUUUUUUAUUUAUUUGAGUGCAUUUUAAGAACUGUUGAAGCAUAUUGUGUUAAAGAAGUUAGGUUAAGUUGUUUUUUGACAUUCUAAAUCUGUGUAAAGUACAAUCCCUGUGGGGAAAUUUUACUAAAAACAUACCUGUGAUAUUUUGAUAUUUUAUUUAAAGAUUUAAUAUUAGAUUACCAGAUUUGCUUGUAGAUUGAACUCUGAAUUUAGAUACAAAUUCUUUGAAACUUGUUUUAUUUUAGAAAAAUUAAAUAUGAGAACUUAUUAAUAAUCAUCAUUUCAUCACCUUCAUGUAUACUGGAAAUACUUGUUUGACUUGUGUAGUGAAUAUUGUCAGUAUGUGUAAUGUGUAUCAAAAAUGGUUGUGAUUUUUAUAUUUUAACAUGGUCUUUUGUUUAUCUAUUUUUGUGUGAAUUUCAAUAUUCAACGGCAACUGCAUAAGCAGGAAGAUUUGUGAUAUCAUUUUCUAUUUAGACAGUCAAGUUUCCUGGUUGUUCUGUUUAAUAGUAUUAUAUAUCGAUCAUAGUAAUAUAUAAGUUAUAUUUUACACAAUUUGUAUUUUUAUCUAAAGCUUUAAAGUAUAACAAGGUGUCACUAUUUUAAAUCUAUUUAUUACAAUUUUGAUUGAAUCAAACUUAAUCUGGUUGGACAUUUUUUAUGUUGUGUAAUUUUCAAUAUGAUGCUUUAUUUUGCUAUUUUAAUUGUUGGAAAUUUACUUUAAAAUUGGUUAUGGUCACUGCUUGUUGAUGCUGUUUAGAGGUAAAUUAUGUGAUGUGGCAAUGUUUUAGUGAUUUUCUUUGUUAUGGGAGAUUUUUGCAAAAUUAAGACGCCAAUUGAAAAAUUAAUUUUUGUGUAGCUGCUAGCACAUACAACAAUUCCAUAGAUUUGGAUAUAAGUGUAUUACACAGUUAUGUCUCCCACCACACAGUGGUGUGGGAGACAUAUUGGUUUACUCCUGUCUGUGUGUGUGUUUGUCUGUAUGUCAGUCUGUCUGUCACAAAGCUUGUCCGCACUCUUAAGUCGAACAUUUCUCAUCCGAUCUUCACCAAACUUGAACAAAACGUGUUUGCCAAUAAGUCCUUGGCCAAUUUCGAUAACUAGCCGAAUCGGCCCAGGCACUUCGGAAUUAUGGCCCUUGAAACUUGUUUUUUGAUAAUCAAAGCACUCAAAGUCUGAUAAGGCAGUUGAGGUCUUGGUGCAUGGUUGACUCAUAUACUACUAUUCAGAUGAUAAGGCAGUUGUGGGAGACAUACGCUUUUCUCAAAAGCAGCUCUAGUUUAUAUAUAACCCGCUUCACGGUUGGCAGCUUGUGGGCUUAAAUAAUAAAAACUAACGAUCAACUAACCAAACAUUUAAUAGAAAUGAACAAUAAAAUUUAACAAAGAUAAAUUAUGAAAUCAAACUUAAAUCCUUUUUAAUUACUGGUAUCAAAAUUGUAUGUUUAACCAAUAUUUCCACACUCAAAAAGUCUUCUAUGAGAAAUUGCAAAAAAUGUUAAUUUUGCUGAAAAGCAAGAUGUUCUGAUAAUCAUGAAUUCUCAGAAAAGCCUUUGGUAGCACUAGUAUUAACUCUUACCCUGCCAAAUUUCUAUAAUGAAUUGUCCAUCUUUCAAUUUGGACAGUACCAUAACUGUUAAAAGGGGUGCUUACCAAAAAGAUAUACUGACUGAAUAGCAAACAGUGCAGAUCUUGAUCAGACUGCACAGAUGUGCAGGCUGAUCAUGAUCUACACUGGUCGCAAAGACAGAAUCAAUCAUGUCCAGCAUGAUAUGGGUUAAUUUAAUCUGGCUUAACUUUUAGAAGCUUUAAAAUACAUUUUACAUAUUUGCUAUUUUAUUGAAAUACCAUAGGCUAGUUGUUAUUGUUUUGAAUUGAGUAUAUUUAUGGUUAAAGUUUGUCAAUAAGUAUUGUACAGAUUCUGUUAUAUUUGUAAAUGAUUUCUUAAAUUUUUUAUUGAUAAUGGGUGCAUCAUCUAUUGCAUAUCUGUUUAAAUACCACGUUUUAGUACCUUCAUACCUUUAUUUUCCCUUUAAGACAUUUUUAGCGGGACUGUUUGAAGAACAGGUAGAGGUGUUACACUCACCAUUGUGUUGGCAGCAGUGUCCUGUCUUGAUUAAGAUUUUGUUGGUAACGUGGUUUCUCAGUAACCACUUGCAGAAAUGGAUUCAAACUUCACACACUUGUUUACUUGGACGAUUGGUCUGAGAUCCAAUUUGCACUUUUGAAAAUCAAUGCCCUUUUUUUUCAUAUCUUAUAUUUUAUAUCUUCAGUGGAAAGGGCUUUCAAAUAGUGGAGCAUUGCUGUCCUGAGACAGCUCUUGUUUAAUUAAUCUUUACCCUGCUAAAUUUCUAAAAUGGACUGGUCCAUCAUCCAAUUUGGGCAAUACCAUUUAAAAUUCGAAGGGGUGUUGACUGACUGAAUAGCAAACAUUGCAGACCAUGAUCAGCCUGCACAGAUGUACAGGCUUAUCUUGGUCUACACUGGUGGUGAAGACAGAAUCACUUGCCGCCAGCAGGCUUAAGGUUAACAGCCAUUUGUUUGGAAACACACAUAAAUAAUGUUCAUUCCAAAAUGAGACUGUUGUUUUCUCUAUGAAAGCUCCCAAGUAGGGAGGGCAGAUAUUAUACUGAGCAUUUAUUACAUUUCACCCGACUUUUCCAUUUUGUCAAAUACCUAUAAGAAGCCAUUCCUGUUGUGUUCAUUUUGCUCAAGUUAUUGUAAAAAAUAAUUUUGUUUUAUAAUACUUUAUAUUUUGUAAUAAUUGUUCCAUAUUUAUAUCCACAAGUUGUAAUAUUUUUGUACAUAUUUGCUCAUGAUUGGGUAAACAAUCAUUUACAUAAUAUUUGAAGUCACUUAUUGUUGGAAAAAGUUCUCAUAACAUUUCAUGUAAGAUAAUAACAGUGUUCCUAAGUCAGCUUUGUACAGUACUGGUAUAGGUGAAUGGUAUGGCAUCCCUUUUCCUGCCUCAGUGUUUUUUUUACUUAACCUUUACCCUGCUAAAUUUCUAAAAUAGACUGGUCCAUCAUUCAAUUUGGGCAGUACCUCAUAUUAUUCAAAGGGAUGUUCACUGAAAAUUUACUGACUGAAUAGCAAACAGUGCGGACCAUGAUCAGGCUGCAUGGACAUGCAGGCUGAACUUGGUCUACAUUGGUCACAAAGGCAAAAUAACUUGAUGCCAGCAGGCUAAAGUUUAAACAUCUUCAUCUCUGAAAGUACUUAUCAAAAUUUCACCAAACUUGGUUUGUAGCAUCUUAGAAUGAACCUUUCUCAAGUUAUGUGUAGGAUUUUGAUUUGAUUACUAGUAUUAGGGGCCGCCUAAGCUAAAAGUAGAAAAACUUAGAACAACUUCUCAUGAACCAUGUUAUAGAUCCUCAUUUUAGGGUCUGCUAGGGCUAAAUGAUUAAAUAACUUGUCAUAAACUACGGUCUGCUAGGGCUAAAUGAUUAAAUAACUUCUCAUGAACUACAUGACAGACCUUCACCAUACCUGGUCGGUAGCAUCCUUGUAAGGAACUUUCUCAGAUUUAUUCAAAUGGGUGUUCUUUGCCACUUUUGGGGGCUGCCAGAGCUAAAUAGAAAAAACAACUUGAAAUUGACUUCUUCACUGGAACCACAUAUUGGAUAUUUACCAAACUUGGUAUGUAGCUUCCUUUUAUAGACUUCUCAAGUGUGUUCGUGGCUGCCAAAGCUGAAAAUAAAAAAACAAAAAAACUUCUCAUGGCCCAAAUGAUUUAUCUUCAUCAUCAUUGUCUUUAGCACUCUUCUGUGAACCUUUCUGAAAUUUGUUCAAUGAUUAUGCUUGGUUCCUUUUAGGGUCUGCCAGAGCUGAAAAUAAAAAAAGUCCUUGAACAUCUUGUGAACAACUUGCUUCAUCGCCACUUAAGUUUGUCUGUAGCGUCUGUGUUUGAACCUCCCAUUUGGUUCCCCUUAGGUCAUUUUAAAGGCAGCCAAAGCCAAAUCCAGAAAAUUUAUAUUAGGUGACUGACAAAAAAUCUUAUCUUCUGUUCUCAGUGUACCAGGCUGAUACAAAAGUUGUUUGGUUAUAGAAAGAACUUGAUUAUUGCCUAAAUGGUAAAGCAUAAAGCACUGUUCUUAUUCACCAUUCAUGUUUGAUACAUUUCCAUAUAAUGAUGUCACAUUUUUCAUUGGUGUAUCAACAUUUUGUGAAUUUAUUUUGUUAAUGCUAAAACUUGUAAUAAGUAAAAUGUUGAAGUGCACAUAAGAGGCAUAUACAUGUAAUGUUUGAAAUUUGUGUAUUUUUGUGAAUUGUAAAAAAAAAUGUUAAUGUUGAUCUUUCAAGCUUAAAAGAUUUUUCUUAAAUAUAGCAACAGUUUAAUAUGUCUGUAUAAAGUCACUGUUAUUAUAAAUGGGGAAUCUUUGGCAGUUUGUGUAUAGAUAUGAAAUCUCUAUACUGGUACUGAUGAUAAACCCGGACAGAUGAUAAAGUCGACCACCUUGGAAAUAUUUGAUUGCAAUCGGUUAUUUAUAAAAUUGAACACGCCAUCUAACAGUUUCCAUUUACAACACCAACUGGUGUAAAUAAAAACAAAAUUGGUAAAUAUUCUGUAUAAAUAAAUGACUUACAUUUAUCUGUAUAAAAAAUAUUUAUCCAAAAUUACUGGGGAUGAGCCUGUUUUUUUGCGCAUGCUCACUGUCGCCACAUGAAGGCCUGACAUUGGGUCACUUUUCAUUACUUGAUCAGGAAUGACGGUUGCAGCGUUUUGGGGAAAGUUUCAAUAUAAUACUACGAAGAAAAUUUUGUAAGUGACAAAGUGUUCGAAUUUAUCAUCAGUCAACCUGCUUACAGUCCCCAUUUUACAAACCCCUUUCAGGGCCUCACUUCAUGUGAGUUUGCUAACUAAAUAUAAAUUUGAAUUAUGUAAAGUUUUCAGCAGAUGUUAAGCUUUAUUUUGAUACUGACCAUUGAUUACAAUUUGCAGAAAUAAAAAAGUUACAGGUAAAAAACCUCAUUUUCUGUUCGGGUUUAUCAUCAGUACCAGUACACACAACUGGGAACAAAUUGAAUAAAAGGAAGAUAGAUUUGCUACUCAUGAUUGUUCGCUCUAUGAUACUAUUUGUUUUAGAUUAUUCGCUUAAACAAUAAAUUAUUAAAAUACCCUCAGUACCUUUAAUAAAAUAUCAGAAUACUUAAAUGAACUGUGUCAUUAAGGGCAUACCAUUUUUUUGCAGAUUAAAUAUUUAUACUAGUACUUAGUUGUUGACAUUUUGUGUAAUCAAAUGCGCAACUUCUUUAUAUAAAAUAAAAUGAAAACUAUGUGGGCAUGUCAAGGAUUUUGUUACAGAACACAACUUGUACUGAACAGAUUGUUUCAUCUUUAAUAAUGCAUAGAAAAUUAAUCUGUUAGGAAGGCAUUUGAGUAUUACUAGCAUGUUGUUAUAUUUUCUUGUCCUUUGGGUUUGUGGAAUACAUUCAGUUUUAGUAAGUGCUCUGUGGCAUGAGUAGUAUUGCAUAUUUCAUUACCUCUUAUGAAUAAGACUCAUUCAAACCAGUCUGAUAUUAUUUCUUCUGUUCUGGAGGAUCUUCUUACAAAUUUUAUUUGAUUCUUUUGUAUCCUACUGUAAAAGCACAUAUUUCCGCUUGGUCAAAAUUUCGCGGUUUAAUAUUCGCGAAAUUGUAAAAAUGGUAUCCUACUUGAAUUUGAAUUAUACUAAUGGUGAAAAUUUACGCAAGGAUUAAUUUUCACAGGAUAAAGGGCCUCGCAAAUAUAGCGAAAAUUAAACCCUCGCGAAUAUUUCUGCUUUUACAGUAUGACUUUUAUGAUAAGAAUUCUACUCAAAUGUUUAUUUUGUUGCCUCAGGAUGAAACUGUAGCAAUUGUUCCUAAUUUAUAAACAAUUGAUUCUCAUUAACUGUGUGAUGUGGUAGUGCAAUAGUUAAACAUUUUACACUUUUACCUCAUUUUUGUUUGUUUCAUAACUCUGUGAUGUUUCAAUUAUUGUUAAAGUGUUGGUUGACCUACUCAUAAACUUGAAAGAGUUUGUAGAUUGCAUAUCUUUGGUAUAGAUCUUUGUUAUUAAGUAUGUUCAGUUUUCGAUGUAAACCCUUACCCUGCUAAAUUUCUAUAAUGAACUUGUCCAUCUUCCAAUUUGGACAGUACCAUUAACUGUUAAAAGGGGUGCUUAUCAAAAAGAUACUGACUGAAUAGCAAACAGUGCAGAUCAUGAUCAGACUGCAUGGAAGUGCAGGCUGAUCAUGAUCUACACUGGUCGCAAAGGCAGAAUCAGUCGUGUCCAGCAUGAUAAGUGUUAAGCAAUCGAUCAAGAGUGCCAUGAUUCUGCGAGUAUAAGACGCACAUUUUUUACUUGUCCUCUAAAAUCUGAUUGGUUUUUCCUGAACACAAUUUUGAAGUUCCCAAGAUGUCCAGGUUGUAUUUUGUGAAUGGCCUAUUAACCUUUUAUGUUUUUACAUCGUUAAGAAACACAAUUUUCAUCAGGUAGGGGAACAAAUAGUUUAAGUCAUUUUGAGAACACUGUCUUUUUAAGUAGACCUGGAAUUCAGCUGCCAGAUUUCAUCUAAUUUUGUUUGGGAUUGGGGAGGAUAUUGUAGGUUUUUGAAUACUGUGUUUCUACUGAUUCUCUGGUCCAUUUGGUUUAUUAACUAUAUAAGAAAUGCAAUGAAGUCACUACUAGUGAUUAAGUUAAAGAGAAGGGAGUGUUAGCUUUUAUAUACAAAUGGUAUGCUACAUUACCUACAACCCUUUAAAUUAACUCUUUUAGAUUUUUCAGUGACAUUUUUCUAAACUUAAAAUUGUAACACCACCAUUUUUAUCAAGCAUGCACUAGGAACAUGCAGAUUUCGAUAGAAUGCUACAAAUACAAACUAGAUUUCAAAAAAUGUAUGAUGCCAUGGAGACAAGGCACAACAGACACACAAUGACAGAAGAAUUAGGACUCUUUAUAUUUUGACUAUUACCAGUGUCUAGAUAUUUUUGAAAGGCUGUAUGAGCACAGAAAAAAUAAGGAAUUUUCCAUGUGGUUUGUCAACUAGCAUUUAGUAUUACCUUUCAAUUAGGCCAUAAAGUUGAUAAACUUCUGUCAUGUUGUUUGCCGAUACUAGCAUGUCAUCUACAGAGGAAUCUGUUAUACAUGUACUUAAAGCCUGUAUUAAGCAGUCAGUCAAUGAAGUUACACAGUCUGGCUUCUUAAGGCAGAUAGCUGCUUUAGACAAGUGGAAAUCAGAACAAAAAUUGUCAGGUUGCCAAGGUAGGUGACUGGCCGCAAAAGGCAAGCGGCUGUUUAAUACAGGUGACUGGUAAGACAGGUUCAGCUGUAUAUAUAAACAACAUUUUAUAUUGCUUUACAAAAUAAUCUCUUUUUAUAUAUAAACAAUUUAACAUUUUUUAUAUUGCAUAAAUGUAGGUCUGUGUUUUGUUGUGUUUAUUUAUAUAUUUAAUGUACGCAUUGAUUGUACAAAUACUAACUGUUAUGAAGUUUAUGAAACUGAAUUGUUUUUGAUCGAGUAAUAAAAGGUGAAACUUUUUAAUAA